AAACGAAAGUGAGUGACAGCAGGCGGCUGAAACAAUGACUACGAGAGGCGUCGGUUGAUCUGCUGGACAUGAUUAAAGUGAUCACAGACGAUCACGGAUGGAUCUAGAUUCUCUCUCGCUAUUUGUUUUUCUGCUCUCUUUGCUCGGAACUGGACUUUGCUCCGAUGAAGACACGUGCCAUUGUCCGUGCCCACAACUACCCCACAUUCCUCUGACUGAGACCCCGUCAACAGAAACUUGCUGUGGAAUUGGAAGCCCUCUACGUUACUCGUGCCAAAAUGGUUACGUGAGGAAGGCAGGAACCUCAAACCUCAGCAGAUGCCAGAAAAAUGGAGGCGUUUAUGAGUGGUCCAAACCCACACUCGUCUGUAUAUCUGAUCCAAAAAUAACCACAACACAACCACCACGGACCACAGUGACAAACAGUAACAUCGGACCAGCAACAACAUCAACAUCCGGCAGUUACUGGAGGAUGCCAAAUCAAAGCAUCUCGACCUCACCAGCUGCAGAAAUACACAGCACAGAGACACCCACACUCGGUCUACGCGUUACAUCAGAUCAUACACAGGAUCCUGUGAUGGACUUCAGAUCGACGAGCUGGACCUUCACAUCGUCACUGGCCAUGAUGCCACCUAGCAACGCCUCAAGUGCUGAACGCAGCAACAGCAUCGUCGCACCCGGUCUGAGCGCCAUAGGAGUUCUGGCGAUCGUCUGCGCUUUCAUCGGGAUGGCCAUCUGCUAUUAUAAGUGGAGAACCAAACACCGGAUUCUAGAGGCCACAGAACAAGAACUGAGACCAAUGAAUAAUGAGGAAAACGGUUCAUCCAGACCAGAAUGUUAGAGUUGGACAUCAGCGGCCUUUUCUACAGAAAACAGUGUGUCCUCGUGCAACAUGUGGGCAGAGAAGAUGGAAAGGUCACUUGGAUACAUAUUUCUGCCCAUUUCUGACCUGGUGUCAUACUGCGAUACAGGGAUGUACCUUUUUCAGAGCACCACCCCAUGUGUAGUAUUGGUAGGUGUUGACCAAUUAUCGCCACUGACAUGCAGCGUCAUUCCAAUUGGUGGUACUGUAUUUUUACCCGAGACCAAGAUAUGGUCAUUGGGUAUUGCAAAGAUCUUGCGUCCAUCCAUCCGUCUGUGCUCAGUAUAACUCCAGUCCUAUUACUGCCAAGGUCUUCAAAUUCACAUGGACCAUUCUUGGUACACAAACCUUGGAUAGGUUCAAAGAUGGCUAACCUUGACCUAUUUUAAGAGGCUAAAAGGUCACAUUCUGUUUCCUAUUUUCAUGUUCAUACGGCCGAGUGUAUUUUAGCAUUGAGUUAUUUUUUUUAUCUUUGCCAAGUGUAGUGGCUGCACUCUGCAUUGUGUUAUGACUCCGCCCUUUCGCUCCCCUCUGGAUGUGAACUCACGAUCCUCGGCAUGGAAGUCGGACUCUCUAACCAGAAGGCUAAAACCCAGGGCUCUGGGCUCUGUCCUUGUGACCAGAGAAUCCUUUUUGAGCUAUUGGGAGUAAGGUUUACUAACUACAUCUGCACAGCGACACCUGCUGGCCUCAGUUACACAAGGAAGUAACGUUUUUGCCAGCAUUUGUUAGCAGCAUAACUCAAAAAGAACAGAUUUCAAUUACAUUCAGUGAGCAGAUAAUGUUCUAGGAAAUAAGUCAUUGAAUUUUGGAGGUGAUCUGGAAUAUAUUCUAGAACUGAGAUCCAGAAGAAUGUUUGGCACAUAAAAUUUAAUGCAGACAUUUUGAGUAUGAUGAUGACAUUUGUAGAGGAGAUUGAUAAUAGAACACAUUUGGAACAUAUUUUGGAUCUAGGAUCCAGAUGUUUUAAGCGUUCAGGAACAAUUAAUAAUAAUUUUUUUUUUUUAAGUAUUCGUAAUGAAUAGUAACAAAUUCAGUAACAUUUUGUGAGCAGAUGAAGGUCCUCAGAUAUAAUUUAUGUCAUUUCUGAGUGGAUCUGGAAAAUAUCUUUGCAACAUUGAACUCAGUUGUGAUGAAAUUUUAUGUGCAUACAGAUUUGUCAGUGGGGAAUAUGUGGCCUUGGCGGAGGGAUGCGUGCUCCGCUUGCUGUUUGGAUAUAUAUACGGUAUAGAAUAUUUACCUGCUGUGGCUGCUGUGUAGUCGGGUAACCGGCUAGAAUAAAAAAAAACCCAUCAGGUAUGGCAACGUCACAUCAUGUGACCACAAAAGCAGACGUGAUUGAAAGCUUUCAGAAUAUUCUUCCUUAAAAAGUUGGCAACUGUACUUAGUAAGGUCCAUUAACUUUUCAGUUUGCACGGAACC